AUGGAUGGAAACAAACAUGAGCUUUCUGCCGUGGCCCUGACCACCUCGGGACCCCACGAUAUCUCAGCAGGGAGCUCUCACCCUGAAAUGGACAUGAUAACGCCAGAGCAGCUGCAGGAGAUGAUAUGGUUUUUCCGUACAGAAGACCCUUCCAUGUGGAAUUACUGCAUUCUAGCCCUGUCGUUUGCGGUUCUUCUCCUAGGCAUUGUACUCGUGGCAAUCAAUACCAUGGCAAACAGGAAUCGGAAGGCCACACUGUCCCACAGUGAAGAGUACAAAGCCGCCCAGCCCGACGGGACAGAAAUCAAGCAAGCGUUUGUGUCCCUGAAGGAAGACGCUGCCGCAGAGGGUUUGCUUCCAGGAGUCUACAAUGCGGGGGAGGUGACAGUCCAGUGGAAGGACGGGAACGUCACAACUCUGUACCCAGGCGUGGCUGAAGAGGAUGUAUAA